GACGACGGCACUCUCUCUCGUUGACAUCUGGUGGCAAGCCGUGUCAAAGAAACUCGCUCGUUGAUAUUUGUGAACCGCAGUGCAAAGAAAAGAUUAACAUUCGGAGUAACAAGUGUAAGGCUUUCAGUACAUGGCUACACCCAUACUUGUCGGACCGAGUCAUAAAUCCUAAGAAAUAUACAUAAACUUACCACAUCGUUCUGAAACUUUAUAUAGAAAUAUAAAAAAGGAAAAAGAAAAAAAUGUACGUCCCGCGUACGAUGAGGCAAAGCAAAAUAAUUGAUUUCUUUAUGCGCGCCAUAAUGCUAGGAAUGGCGGUAUUCUUAGCCAAUUUCCUGUGGGAAGAUCGUAAAGUAUCCAACACCUACAUAACAUCGAAACCCCUGCCUCAGGCAUUGAAUCGGAACUUAAGAAGGGAGAUAAAGCGAUUCCCAGAUUUUCUGGUGCUAAAUCCAGACAUCAAGCCAACAAAAGGACCGAAAGUGAUUUUGUUUUGGACUAGGUGGGAGGACCAAGUUUCUUGGGAACAAAGGUUCGGCUCGUGUCCUUCGAAGAACUGUUACUUUACUUACACAGGGAAAAACAUAGAAAAGGCGGAUGCUGUUCUCUUCAGAUCUGAUAGAAUCAACCCAAACAAUUUACCUCCCCGACACCACUUGAACCAACGGUGGGUGUGGGUAGGGCGUGGAAGCUCCGCUGUCUCCCGAGGCGGAUCGAUCACGGGCCCUUCUGCAGCGUGUCGGGAGCUCGAACUUCAACUGGACCAUGACGUACCACCCGGAGUCUGACGUCGUGGUCACCGAAGGCUUCCUGACCCCGUUUCUGUCGUCGCCGAGCUUGCUACACUCCAGCCCCAUAAGCGAGCACAAAAGCGCUCUCGACGCCUACUUCGAGGACAUAGCACUCAACACGACAUUAUCAGAUGUCAUGGAGCUAAAAUGGCGGGAUUUUGUAACGAGACCAAAGCUCUUAAUGUCAUGGAUCGACGGCAGCUGCGAUACCUCCUCCAAACGCGAAGAAUUUAUGAAGAAACUCGCUACAUACAUCCACCUAGAAUCCUAUGGCAGCUGUGGAACUUACAACUGUACCUUAGAGGUUGACAGGUGGUGGGAAUUCUAUAGUCAUCAAUACCUCUUCGCUCUGAUCAUGGAGGAUUAUCUGUGCGACCAUUAUGUAUCUAGUGAGCUGUACAAGGCUCUGUUACAUGGGCUGGUUCCCGUGGUGUGGGGAGGUGCAGACUACAAACAUAUCCUGCCUCCUGGAUCUUACAUCGACGCCCGUAUGUACCAUCCUAGGGCCCUCGGGGAUCUACUGACGGCGUUACAGAGAGAUCCAGUCACGUAUGGCAAGUAUCACGUUUGGCGAAGGCAUUGGACCGUAAAGGAAGGAGGCAGCUUGUGCGACUUGUGCGACCACCUGUUCAAAAGCACUACAAGAGGGCACCAUAUCAACAUAUCAGAGUGGAGACAGAAGACGCAGUAUUGUGUGGGGGCGCCUUCGGGAAUGUUCGAGGAUGAUAACUGGAAGGAAGUGAUUUAUCAGUGACUGGCCAGCGGUGUAAUAUGGGUUGAUCAAUUCUUUGUGGAGAUGUGAGCUGUACUUUGGGUAAAGAAAACACUGGGGUGUGAUUUACGCUUUUAUAUGGAUACUUUAAUAUAUUGUGGUUCUCAUUUUUUUUUCUUUUUUUUAUGUAGAAUGUUUAAUUUCUCUGUCUUUCUUUC